AUAUAAGGGACCAUUUUCUAUCUAAACAGAGAGAGAAAAUCGGAAUUGAGAAAUUAUCGGACAAGCGGAGCUGGCAAUUCCAGCGAGAGCGACUGAAACUAUUCCGCCUCGAAAAUUUUUGCCGGAAAGUGGGUGUAAUCGGCCGGCUUCCCUGCAUGUGUACAGAUGAAAGUCGCUAAGAGCAACUACUUCUUUUCACAUUUUUGCUUUCAUUUUCUUUUCACGAUCAUUCUGCUGGCAUUGAAUCCAGUUCUGAGCAUCCGAUUCCCAGAUCGGAUCCAGGAGGUUCCACAGGAUGCCUCUAAUCAGCCACUACAAACUGCAGUUUUUGCUCUCGGAAGCUUCUGGAGAUCGGAAGCGUCAUUUGGCUGCUUAAACGGCAUCGUAAGAACCACCGUCGGUUAUUCUGGUGGUUCAAAAGCCAAUCCUGAGUACAGAAAUUUGGGCGACCACGCUGAAGCUGUACAGGUCGAGUAUGACCCCCGAGUACUUGGUUUCAGACAACUAUUGGAGGUCUUCUGGGCUAGCCAUGAUUCCAGGCAAGUCUUUGGGCAAGGUCCUGAUGUGGGUAACCAGUACAGGUCGAUUAUUUUCACAAGCGGCACUGAGGAAUCCAGAUUGGCUGCUGUUAGCAAAGAAAGAGAACAAUCAAAGUCAAAGAGCAGCAUUGUUACCACUCAAAUUCAACAGCUUGAAGCUUUUUAUCCUGCAGAGCCUGAACAUCAGAAAUUUGAGCUCAAGCGGAAUCCCUUCCUACUUCAAUUGAUGGGAAACUUGCCUGAGGAGGAGCUUGAGAGAUCAACACUGGCUACAAAACUAAAUGGCUAUGCAGCAGAGCUUUGUCCAUCGAGAAUCCAAAAGCGGAUUGAUGCAAAGAUCAAUGAUAUUAUCAAGAAAGGUUGGCCCAUUCUCAAAGAAGUUUAGGUAUACAUCUCAAGGUUAUAUGAGAUCGUGCAGACCUUUGUUAAUGUGUAGAAACUGCGAGUUUCGUUUGCUUAACUAAUGUCUUGCAGAUGACAGAAUACCUUCAUGCGAAUUUAUCCUACAUUAUAGAUUCUGAAGUCUGAAUAGCGAGCAGAGACCUUUUUACAGAGAUCAACCAAAAUUUGUUUGUACAAUCAGAAUAGGUUGAUUGGACUAGACUUAGCUGCUGCAGCUGGUGGAAUAUUCCGCUUACCUUUUUUUUGCAGGGAUUAAUCAAAAUUUUUUGUACUAUCUUAAUGUUCUGUAUAGGUAAUAGGCUGAUUGCACCAAAACUGAACAUUAUUGUGAUGUAAGGCUGUGGGACCUUAAAAUCAUGUUGUUGUAGCACUUUAUAAUUCUAUGUAUGCUUGGCUACCCCUUUUUCAUGUUGUAGUAGUUGCAAUUUGCAAAUACUAUUUAGCUGAUUGGAUUUUUCUUUUUAUAAA